UUUUGUCAUGAGGCCAUACUAUGGCAGCGUCUCAGACAUAAGAAUGUUCUGCCGUUCCUCGGCAUAGAUAACACCUCUUUCAGCCCGCAUCUGUGCAUGAUGUCGCCAUGGAUGAGGAACGGCAACGUUCUUGAUUAUAUACGCGCGGCUCGGCCAGGGUACGUUGACGUAGUACGGCUGCUCGCCGAGAUUGCGGAAGGACUCGCCUAUCUCCACAGCGAGCAUGUUAUCCAUGGUGAUGUUCGCGGGGUGAAUGUGCUGGUAGACGAUCAGGGUCAUGCUAUGCUGGCAGAUUUUGGCCUAGCCAAGAUAUCCAGCAAUACAGCGACCGCGCAUACCACUAAAGGGCACGGCGCGCCCAACUGGCUUUCACCCGAACUGCUGCAGCCAAAGGAGGGGUUCCAUCGCACGACUGCGAGCGACGUCUAUUCUUUGGCAUGCCUUGGCCUAGAGCUGUUCACAGGGAAGCCACCUUUCGCGGACAUCAGGCCACCAGUCAAUGUCGCGCUGAUGGUACUCAAAGGGGAGCAACCUAAACGGCCA